AUGGAGAUGCCAGCCGAGUAUGUAGGCAAGGACAGUUUCUUCGGAGGCACCCCGCCACUUCCGCAGGCAGCUGGCUACGCAAUCGUCCUGGGUUUCGGUGCCUUCUUCUCGGUGUUAACGACCAUCAUGGUGUACUUGGACAAGACCGCCAACGGCACAGUAAUCACCUCGGAGUUCUUCAACACCGCGGGCAGGAAUGUGAAGACGGGGCUCACAGCGUCGGUCAUCGUGUCGCAGUGGACCUGGGCUGCUACGCUGCUGCAGUCCUCCAACGUGGCCUGGAAUUACGGCGUCUCUGGCCCGUUCUGGUACGCCAGCGGCGCCACCAUCCAGGUGCUCCUGUUCGGUAUCCUCGCCAUCGAGUUGAAGAGGCGGGCACGGACGUGCCACACGGUCUGCGAGCUGGUGUACGUGCGCUGGGGCAAGGCCGCGCAUUUGACCUUCAUCUUCUUCUGCCUGCUCGCCAACGUGAUCGUGACGUCGAUGCUGCUGCUGGGCGGCGCCGCCACCGUGAACGCGCUGACGGGCGUGGACACCGACCUCGCCUCCUUCCUCAUCCCGUGGGGCGUGAUCCUGUACACGGCGGCUGGCGGUCUGAAGGCCACGUUCAUGGCCUCCUACUUGCACACGGCAGUCAUCUUCUUGGUCCUCGUGGUCUGCGUAUACACCGUGUACGUCAAGGAAUACUCUUCGAACAUCAUCUACGACAAUCUGCAGGCGAUCUCGGGCAUGAGCCCGGCGCAGUGCGAGAGUCGCUUCUCUACGGGCGGGGCAACCUUCUACGAGGCGGGGAGCUACUCGUGCGGCCCGGUGGUCGACAACAACGACGGCUCGUACCUGACAAUGCUCUCGCUGGGCGGCCUCAAAUUCGGCAUCAUCAACAUCGUGGGCAAUUUCGGCACCGUGUUCGUGGACCAGUCCUACUGGCAGUCCGCCAUCGCUGCGAAGCCGGCCAGCGCGCACAAGGGCUACCUGCUGGGCGGCCUGGUGUGGUUCACCAUCCCGUUCGCACUGGCCACCUCUCUGGGUCUGGCUGGCGUGGCGCUCGGCUUGCCCAUCACCGCGGCGGAGGCUGGCUCUGGCCUGGUGCCGCCGGCCACCGCCGUGCACCUCUUCGGUGAUUUCGGAGCCGUGAUGAUGGCCACCAUGCUCUUCAUGGCCAUCACGUCCACAGGCUCCGCGGAGGGCAUUGCGGUCUCCUCCUUGAUCUGCUACGACGUGUACAGGCGGUACAUCAACCCGAGCGCAACCGGCGAUCAGAUUCUCAAGAUCUCCCGCGUCGUCAUUGUAGUCUUCGGGCUCGCCAUGGGUGCUCUGGGCGUGGCCCUGAACCACAUGGGCUUGAACCUGGGUUGGGUGUACCAGUUCAUGGGCAACGCCAUCGGCUCCGCGGUGGUGCCCCUGUGGAACGUCCUGAUGUGGAAGGACGCCAAUGCCAUGGGCGCCAUUGUUGCGGCGUGGGGUGGCAUGGUUCUCGCGCUGGCCACCUGGCUAGUCAUCUGCCAGGCUGAGUUCGGCGAGAUCACGGUGGACAAUCUCGGCACCCUCAAUCCGAAUCUGGGGGGCAACAUCGUGGCACUGGUCUCCUCCGCGCUGAUCCACGCGGGCUUCUCCUUCGCCAGCCCGCAGAACUACGACUUCGAGUCGAUGGGGCAGAUUGAGAUGCUGGAGAACGACCAGUCUGGCCUGGACGAGGCCGACUACACCCCAGAGUUCCUGGCAGAGGCCAAGGCGUGGAUCACAAAGUACGGUUGGGGCUUCACCAUCCUAAUGGUUAUCGUGUGGCCCGUCCUCUCGAUCCCGGCCGGCGUGUUCACCAAGGACUAUUGGGCCUUCUGGGUCUUCAUCAGCAUCGCCUGGGCCUUCAUCGCCACCGUUGCCAUCAUUGGCCUUCCGCUGUACGAGUCCAGCGAUGCCAUCCUCGGCGUCCUCAUGUUCAUGGCGGGCAAGAAGAAGGCGGAGAAGGCGGAGGCGGCGGAGCCAGCGAAUGCGAAUGCGAAUGCGAAUGCGGCGGAGCCUAAGGCUCAGGCCGAUGCGAUUUAG